AUGCCAGAAUCAAAAGAUUCUAAACAUCAUAAUAAUCAUCCCCGCCAUCCUCAUCAUCAUCAUCAUCGAUCAAAGGGAUCAUCACCUGCACCGAUCAUUGAUGCUCCUACUAAUCAAUUUUCAGCUCAUAAUGGUUAUCAUCAAUCAUCUUUUUCAAAUUCACUACCAUUAUCGUCACCAAUUCAAUGCUCUGCUUAUUUUAUUCAUCGCCUUGACUUAGACAAUUAUAUGGUACAUACAUUAAGACAAACAGUUGAUAGAAUUGUAUCAGGACCAAGAUCAAAAGGAUUGAAAGUAAAAUUAUCUUUGCCAGAUGAAGGUUUAGUUAUUGAUAAUAUACCUGAUCCAAAUCAAUCAUGGAUGUAUAAAACAUCUGAAUUAUUAUAUUUUUGGCAUGAUCCUCAUUAUUUAACUAUAAUCGUUGUUAUAACAAUAAAUCGAUCACCUUAUCGAGCAAAUGGACCUUAUUCAGCAUCAAUAUUUCGUUUACGUGGAAAUGAAUCAGUUCAAUUAUUUAUUCAACGUGCACAACAAUUUUUUGCAUAUUUAUCAACAUCUCCUAUUACAAAAAGUAAUUCUAAAAUAGUGAAUAAACAAGAAAUAAUCGUUGAUAAUUGGAGUACUGAUAAUGAUAGAAAACAUCGUAGAAAUAGAAGUAAACAUCAUUCAGUAACAAAGCAACGAUCGGAUAUUGAACCUUCACAUUCAGUAGAAUCAAGUCCUGUUCGUACUGGUUCACGAACAGAAUUUGAACCUGACAAAUCUAAAAUAAAAAAUUCAAAUAUGAAUCCAUAUAAUAAUCAUCGAAUAUUUAGUGGAACAACAAUAUUUACUGAUCCACAAACAACAAAUUCAACGAAAUUUGAUAAUCAUUAUAAUGGUGAUAAUUAUCUAACAUCAUCGUCAAAUAAUCAACUUUCAGAUGGUUUAGUUGCUGAAUUAAUGCGUGAAUUAAAAGAAUUACGAAAUGAAAUAGCUGAAUUAAAAUCAGAUGCAAGAUUUACACCAGUACAUAUACCAAGUACUAGUCCAUCGUUUAUGUUGCCUGAAGAUAUAAAAGAAAGUUUAAAUUCAUCACCAUCAUUUACUAAAUUACGAUUACAUUCAGACAUUGAUGCUGAAACACAAACUGAUCUUAGAUUAAUUAAUUAUCAACAACAAGAAUCAUCAGAAAAAAAUGAAUCAAAACACGUUUCACAAACAAAUAAAAAAAAAACCGAACGAUCAAAUAAAACAACUAAUAAAUACAAAUCUUCAAAUAAUAUUGAAUCGGAUCGAGAAGAAAAAAUUUUAGUAAAUUUUUCUUCAACAAAUGGUUCAUCUAAUCGAAUAAAUUCUUCAUCUGUUCAAGAAGAAUAUCGAUCAAAAACAAUCUAUAUAAAACCACGUGAUUUAUUAAGACCAUCUGAAAAUGGUCGUAAUAAUUUGAAUAAUUCGACAUCUUCAAGAACAUUUGAUAAAAGUCAAUCAAUACCAAAUUCUAGUGAAGAAGAUUUGACUUUAAAAAUGAUACCAGUAAAUGUUGAAAAAGAACUACCAAAAUUUCUUCAUACAAAAGUUUCUGCUAUUCCUCCAAGAGAUACAAAAUCUUCAUUACCAAUAAAAAAUGGAGAUAUAAUAAGUUUUCAUUCAACCAUAGAAGAUACUAUUACUCUUCCUGAACAUUAUUAUGAAAAUAUACCUAUUUUAACAAAAAUAGAUUCCAAUCAAGGUGCUUUUAUUAAAGAAAAUAAUCAACAAGAAAAAAGAUCUCAAAUUUAUGUUAAUAUUGCUGAUGAUCCUAAUGAUGAAUUUCCACAACAAUAUAUUACACAAUUUGGACUAUCAUCAUUUCUUCCACAACAAUCAAUACCAUAUGUUUCUUCUUCACUUUCAGAAGAAAAUACUUCUUCGACAAUACAAGAAACAAUAUCAAAUAAUUAUCCAUAUUCUCAACCAAUUAUAUUUGCUAAUCAUUUAACAAAUCCAUUAUUUAAUAUUGAUAAAGAAUUAUUAGCAAAUACAAUAGCUAAUCAAUUUGGUGUGGAUCAUAAUUCACCAUAUUUACCACAACUUAUUGCAAAUCAACAUUUAUUUGUUACAGAUAAACGUACAUUUGCUAAUAUGGUUUGGCAAAUAACACCUGAAGAAGAAAAUGAUCUAUGUUCAUCACCAGUAACAAUUACAUCAAAUAAUAUUAUUCAAAAUACAAAUGAUUCAAAUAAUUCAACAGCGAAAUCUAUAUUAAAAUCAAAUAAACUUUCUCGAUCGUUAUCAAAAAAACAACGUAUUACUUGGGAUAGUGGAUUAUAA